AUGGAGAAGGAGUUACCUGCUUACUCGAUACGAAUAGCCAAGACACCCGAGGACAUACAGAGAUGUAUGCAGAUAAGGAAAGAAGUAUUUAUUGACGAGCAGGGCUAUGAUAUAAAGGUAGAAACCAACGAUGAUGAUCAUCGAAGUACACAUUUCUUGCUGGUCUUGUCAGAGAACGAUCAAGCAGUAGGUACAAUAAGAUUGAUUGAUGAGAACAAUCAGUUAGGAAGAUUCGCAAUACUGAAACAGUAUAGGGGACAAGGUCUAGGCGUACCUUUGAUAGAGGCUUUACAUGAUCAUGUGAGGGAGCAAGGUGGUAAAGAAAUAUGGUGUCAAAGUCAAGCCGCAGAUCCGACGCAAGGCGGAGUGGACGCUACGGGUUUCUACAAGAGGUUGGGGUAUGUAAAUAGAGGUGAGAAGUAUAUCAAAGAAGGGACUGUCCAUCAAGAUAUGGUGUAUACUAUACCACAAUAG